AGGGGGCGGGACGCGGGCGUCGUGACUCGGAGCCCCGGAAGAGCGGAGGAACCCCGUAUAAAAACUACUGGGGACCUUUCCCGGGCAGAACUGCGAAAGCUCCGGAGACGGCGGCAGCCCCCGGCAGCAGCGAGCGGGGCGGCGGGCGGCGUGGGGCAGCCUCUGCCCCAGUGGGGGCGCGGAGAGCGGCGCAAGCGGCGGCUCUGCAGGCACGGAGGGAGAGGGGCCCCGGGGGGGCAGUGAGGAGCCCGAGCGGUGCCAUCCAGCCCGGGGAGGCGGCGGCCGCGCACCAUGGCAGACGAUGAGAAGGCCGGCGGUAGCCCCAGCGGGAGUUACGCGGGCGGCUGCGAGAGCGCGCACUGUAACGUGCUGAGCUGGGAGCAAGUGCAGCGGCUGGACCGCAUCCUCAGUGAGACCAUCCCCAUCCACGGCCGCGGCAACUUCCCCACGCUCGCCAUGCAGCCCCGCCAGAUCGUCAAGGUGGUGCGGAGCCGGCUGGAGGAGAAGGGCAUCGGCCUGCGGGACGUGCGGCUCAACGGCUCGGCCGCCAGCCACGUCCUGCACCAGGAUAGCGGCCUGGGCUACAAGGACUUGGACCUCAUAUUCUGCGCCGACCUCAAAGGGGAAGCCGAGUUUCAGACUGUGAAGGACGUGGUCUUGGACUGCCUCUUGGAUUUCUUGCCCGAGGGGGUGAACAAGGAGAAGAUCACGCCGCUCACCCUCAAGGAGGCUUAUGUGCAGAAAAUGGUAAAAGUAUGCAAUGAUUCAGACCGAUGGAGUCUCAUCUCCCUGUCCAACAACAGUGGCAAAAAUGUGGAACUGAAAUUUGUGGACUCUCUGAGGCGGCAGUUUGAAUUCAGUGUCGAUUCCUUUCAAAUCAAGCUGGACUCCCUGCUGCUUUUUUAUGAAUGCUCAGAGAAUCCGAUGACUGAAACUUUUCACCCAACUAUCAUUGGUGAGAGCGUCUAUGGGGAUUUCCAGGAAGCCUUUGAUCACCUCUGCAACAAGAUAAUCGCCACCAGAAACCCAGAAGAAAUCAGAGGAGGUGGUCUUCUGAAGUACUGCAACCUUUUGGUAAGGGGCUUUAGGGCUGCCUCCGAAUCCGAGAUUAAGUCCCUGCAGAGGUACAUGUGCUCGAGGUUUUUCAUUGACUUCUCAGACAUUGGAGAACAGCAGAGAAAGCUGGAGUCCUACUUGCAGAACCACUUUGUGGGAUUAGAGGACCGCAAGUAUGACUAUCUCAUGACCCUUCACGGUGUGGUGAAUGAGAGCACAGUGUGCCUGAUGGGACAUGAGAGGAGACAGACUCUGAAUCUGAUCACCAUGCUGGCCAUCCGGGUCCUAGCCGAGCAAAAUAUCAUCCCCAAUGUGGCCAAUGUCACCUGCUAUUACCAGCCAGCCCCAUAUGUAGCAGAUGCCAACUUCAGCAAUUACUAUAUUGCCCAGGUUCAGACGGUUUUCCCUUGCCAGCAGCACACAUACUCUACUUGGCUGCCCUGUAAUUAAGGACAGAAAUUAGUAGACUUGGUGGGGAGAACGUUUUCUGAGAUGUAGGAAGGGGCAACGCGCCCCUCUGAAAUGGGGUGUUUUGUGCAAUGAUGAUCUGCUCUGGUUUUCAAGCUUGGGAAAAGCUUGUGGUUCUUCUAAUAAAUAGCGGGAGCAUGAUCAAGAAAGAACCCCAGAAUAAUUGGAUCCUACCCCAGAGCACAAGAGGCCUGUCAUUAAAAGCAACCAGCUUCCCCUGAAGUAAGCGAGGGAGGAAUGCUUGAUGACAAUAUGGGUUGGCAAUAUCUGCUCCCAUAGCUUUGGCAUAAAGAAGAUGGGAAAGCCUUAUUUUCUUUUAUUUUUAUUCUUACUGUAGAAUGGGAUCUGCAAAAGGGACAAUAUGAAAGAAACAAAACAAAACAAAACAAAAAAAACAACAAAAAGAAAAAAUUCACAAAAAACAAUUCUAUAUAUAUUCAGGAUUUGAAAGUUAGAGGCAUAAAGCAGAGAUAAGCUGAAUAAAAAUGUAUAUUGGAAUUACUGCAUUUGGGGCUUGCAGCAAGUGCCGUCUAUGGAUUGACUGUGUAGAAUGUAUAGCUUGCUUGACUAGAACGCUUUACCAGAAACAGCUUGCUCCAAAUGAAUGGUAGUGGAUUGGUACAGUAAUAAAAAAAGAAACACGUAUGAUGACAAAGUCUAUUAUCUCCAGCUGUGUGCAUGCCUCACAUUUUAAAAAUGUGAGAAUGCAGGAAAACCAGCUGUGACAAACAGAAUAUACUCAAGGACCAAAGAUUUCACAAAUAAGUUAUCCAAGCAAAGAAGAUACAGUAGAGUAUAUAUAUAGAUAUAUAAAAAAGAAAAGAAAGAUGUUGCUAUAUUUGUACACACCAACAGUAAUCAAAAGUGCCUGAUGCCUUCAUAAAAUUUGAAGUGAGAAAAAAUAUAGUUUUGUGGUUUAACCAUGCAUUUUGUUUUAUCAGGGACACAAAGAUUAAAACAAAAAAACCCCAUAAGCUUGUGAAUAAGUGGUGGAGGAAAUGCCCUAUUUUUUUUCUUGGCAAAUACCUGUAUAGAGUUAAUGUUACGUCAGUGUGCUGUUAUCCUAGGUACGUGUGUGUAUGUGUGUAUAUAUGUUUGUGUGUGUAUAUAUGUACAUGUUAUAGGUGUAUAUCUAUAUAUGUACACACACAAUAUAUAUUAAUGUGGUCUAGGAAAAUGUAGCAAUUAAGGAAUGUUUAAAUAAAGUACUAUGUGUUUUCCAGUUUGCAACAGGAUGUCAUAGGACAGUGGGCACCUUGCAGUGAAUUUUUAACCCACACCUGAGAAAUUUGGAGUAAAUGAACCAGUCAGGAUUAAGGUGGGAUUCAGAUAAUGUCUUUGGUUGCAAGAACAAGGAUUACAGUAAUUCAGUGGGUUGCUUGUGAGCCAUAAUAAUUCCACAGAUGGAGAAGCAUAUGACUAGCUGAUUUUUUUUAACUAUUUUGUACUGUAAUGCCGUUUUGACAUUUAACCCACUAAUGUUGUGACUGCAUACCUCCAUGAUGUGUAAUUCAGUGGAACAUGGAUCAAAGAUACAUUUAUUUAAACCCCCUGACAGCUAAAGAAUAUUGUAUUAGUUGGUGAUUUGAACACUAAUUGUUAAUAUUUAAAGGAGUAUUUUUAAUAGAAUGCGUUAUGCAUUCCAGGACCACUAGAAUUUAGCAAAUGUGAAAUGAACCCUUUUUAAGAGUGUUGCACGAUUGCUUAAAAUUCUAUUUUAUAUAUAUAUAUUAUAUAUAUUUUUAUGCAAAUAUUAAACAUCUUUGAUCUGGUUGUCACACUGCAUUUACAAUUUCAGUACUGUACUUUAUUUAAAUGGAAUCACUUUACAUUGGAACAGUAACUAUUCACUUUCAUUUCCUCUCCCAAAAGACCAGCAGGGGAAAAAAAAAUCAACCUCCGCUGUUGUUUUCACUUCAGUGCCAUCUCUGAAGGUGUUAAAUUCUGUGUUGGGCUUUGAAAACCUAAUGACUAAGUGACACUUGACUCUAAUAUUUUGCUUUUUCUUACUGAGGAGGAAAAAAAAAGGGGGGGGGGGGAACUUAAGCUUUUGAAGGAUGAGUGGCUAUGCCCUGUCUGAUUGCAGGCAGGGUCUGGCACUCGAUGGAGGAGGAGGCAGGGGCGAGGGAGAGGACCCGUGUCCUGGCUGUUUCCCUACAGAUUGAGUAAGGUCCAUCUGUUUUUUGUCACCCUUUGUACUUUUCACGGUGGAGGUGAUUUAACAGGAACCCAAUUUGUUUACUGCAGCACCUUCUCUGUGAGCACUUCAGGAAACCUAAGAGCUGGUUCAUUGCUCACAGACCUCGUCCUCACCUUCCCAUCCCAUCCCAUCCCAUCCCAUCCCAUCCCAUCCCAUCCCAUCCCAUCCCAUCCCAUCCCAUCCCAUCCCAUCCCAUCCCAUCCCAUCCCAUCCUCCGGGGGUGGCCGCAGCCUCCCGUUUCAACCCCGGUCCCCACGGGGUCCCCCCCCAGCCCCCCGGCCGCUCCUGGUCCCAAAUCUCUCUUUUCCUCCAGCUCCUGGGAGGGUUUGGUAGCGGAAGCUAUGGGGAGGGCUGGGGAAAUAGGAUCAGCUGGUAAUGCGGUAUGUCUUCUCUGGCCACAACUAUUUGCAGCAAAUAAAUGAGUCAUCCGCUCUUUUAAAAGGGUUUGAGAAUCUAUAGCUGUGCCACAACCGCAGGACGCUGAUAGUACGUGACACAAUGUAUUUUUCCUUGGAAGGACCCCUUUUUUUUCUGUUGCUUGAAAGAAAGUUUUAAUUCCUCUCAGCUCAGUUUUUUUUUUAAUGAUUGACAGCAGCUAGUUACCUUAUAGUGCAUGCAGCAGGGCUCUGAGCUAAACUGCACCUUUCAGCGUUUGCAUUUUGAUACAUAUAUAAUAUGUUUUUAUAUAUAUUAUAUAGGUAUUCCGGAUCUGUUUUGCAUAUGUUAAUGAUCAAGUGGUGGAACUGGUGGAGCUUUGUUUUAUCUGUGACUGGUAGCUUAAAAGGUGCCUGGUGUUAGAGGUGGGAAGAAGGCAUGAGUUCAGGCCAAGCGUGAAAUAAGAACCCCUUUUCAAAGCUGGUUUAUUUCUGUGGUUUGCACACCUUCCCCUCCAUAAAGUCUGAUUUUUUUUUUAACUGUUUUUUCCCCACCUUUUCAGCACACUGGUACUUUUAAAGUUAACAACCGCAUUCUUGCUUUGUAGACUUCGAUUUUCCCAUCCAAUCAGUUGUAAGGUUAGAACUUGUACUACAAGAGACAGUGCCCCUUUUAAAGAGCUGAACUGAUUAAAAACAUUGACCUGAUUACAGUAAAGCUGUUUGUGCUGCAGCUGAGUUUGCUGCUAACCAACAGGGUGCUAAACUUGGUUAAAUGUAGCAAUCGUGAAACAACCGAGGGCUUUGAAAUGGGAUUUUUGUUUUUCCUUAGAUGUAGCUGUCCUCCCAAAUGCAAGAACUUUUCUUCUAAAAAUAGGAGGGCAAUUAGAAGACCAAAAAUUUGAUAUUUUUCUAGUUUUUCUUCUUGCACUUAUAGUAUUUUUUAUCUUGCACAAAGGCCUUCACACAAAUCUUCUAAACACCUCUGAUUAAAUGCUUGGUUUGCAUCAUGUCAGAAGCUGCUACCAGUUAAAAAAAUGCUUUUUUUUUUUUUUUUAAAUUGAGAAAAUGAAGUGUGUUAGAUAAAACUGCACAGAAAAGAAAAAAAUUGUUAUUGCAUAUUCAGCUCCUAUUUGAAUAUAUUCUUUUGUAUGGUUUUCUUUAUGCAGAGAGUUUCCCUUGCAAGAAAGAAAAUCAGUGUACUGUUUUGCUGUUGUAAUAAUGGUUUGCUAACAAAAUAAAUAGUAAAAAAAAAAAACCUGCAAAUUUCAAGACAGCUUGGCUAAAGCACUGCAGGCUCCUGCAGUCUGUAGGAGUGUGCAGAUUUGCUUUCCCUCAGAUUUCCUUACAACUGUUGCCUUCUGCAAGGCAUCCUGUUGCAGCAAACUGCUCCUUGGAUUGCUCUUUUGGAACGUUUUGACUAUAGGCUUUGUCACAGACAGAAAAAAGAGCUGAUGGAAAGCAGACUCUAGAGGGAACAGAUUGUGAAUUUUGUUUACAGCAUCCAAUAUUUGGAUUUUUUUUGUAAAUAAAAAGAAGUUAUUUUUUUCUAUUGA